AUGUCGAAACCGGAGAUCAAAGAUUAUGGAUUUCUCGAGUUGUUCCCUGGAAAUGAUCCCAUCAUCGACGUCGUUGCUAUUCAUGGCCUAGACGGUCAUAGAGAGGGCACCUGGACGACGGACAGCGGCGUUCUUUGGCUGCGCCGCUUUUUGCCAGUCUCGUUGCCCAACGCUAGAGUCCUCACGUACGGGUAUGACGCCGACACUCAGAAUGAGACAUGCGUAUCAACGCAGAAUAUACAUGGGCACGCUCAGAAGCUGGCUCAAAGUCUUUCACGGAUGCGGAAAGGGUUCUCUCGACGCCCCAUCAUCUUCGUCGCACACGAUUUGGGAGGUAUCAUUCUCAAAAAGACACUCGUCAUCUGCCAUAAUCAGAGGCUUAAUUCGGAGGGAGAUCUCCGAGAUAUCCUCGUGUCCACACAUGGCAUCUUAUUCUUUGGAACACCACAUUUUGGCGUGGAUGCCAAUUUCCUUGCAAGACUCAGGCGCUCGAUAUCCUGGCGUAUGAAAACGACCGAGGUCAUCACAAAGGAUCUCGAGACACACUCUCCCGAACUCGAGAUCAUACAAAGUUUGUACGUCGAAGCGAGUGAGAGGAUACGCAGCGUAUUCUUCUGCGAGGAUUACGCAACCUCCUCGAAUAAAAGGCGACCACGACUCAAUGUUCCAUCCCAUUCGGCGAGCAUCCCGGGCGACCGUAAUGCCACAACAAUUGUCCUCUCUUGUGACCAUCAAAAUCUCGUCAGAUUUCCAGAUCCAACCAGCGAAAGCUAUCAGACGGUUCUCUAUUAUCUCGAUGACUGGUGCAAGUCCGCCCCCGAUUCGAUAAAGGACAACUGGAGUAUAGAGGAUAACUUGCGCAGUUCCGCACGAGGAAAGCAUCAUCCAUCAGUUGAUGCGUCUAUCCUAUUACAGCUGCCAAUUGCAGAAUCUAUGGCAUUCUCUGUCCACCGUACAUGUCUUGAAGGAACCCGUGAGGUAGUCCUUGAGACGAUACGAAAAUGGGCCAAUGACGAGGCGUCGGGGAAACCGAUAUUCUGGCUGUGUGAUAUAGCUGGCUCCGGCAAAUCUACCGUUGCAAGGUCUGCGGUGGAAGAGUGGAAGAGUGGCGGAACAUUGGGUGGUCUAUUCUUCUUCUCCAUGACAAGUAACGAAGGUUCGAAUAUCGGGAAGUUCUGUCCUACCAUUGCAAGACAUCUUGCGCAGCACCUCCGGGAGAUUAGGCCGUAUGUCGCAAAGGCUGUAGAGGAAAACCCUGCAAUCAUGCACAGCUCUUUUGAGGAGCAGUUCCGGAAGCUCAUCACUGAUCCACUCCGGGGUCUAGGAAGGCGAGUUAUUCUCGUUAUCGACGCCAUUGACGAAUGCAAGUCUGGGUUAGAACGAAAAGAACUUCUCAACACACUUGCAAUGGCCACUCGAGAAACCACAAGCCUCAGGAUAUUCAUCACGAGCCGACCGGACCCAGUCAUUGAAUCAGUUUUACAGCCCCUUUCGAUCAAAGCAAAGUUGGAGGACCGCCUCCAUGAUGUCAGUCAUCAUGAUAAUAUCAGUGAUAUCGCGGUCUAUAUACAUCAGACACUAGAUGGGAUUAUAUCGCGGGACAAGCGACAACGACUGGUUCGAAAGGCCAAUGGUUUGUUCAUCUGGGCGAGCACCGCGUGCCACAUGCUCACCAGCAAGACCAGAUUGAGCCCACCAGAGGACAUCUAUGACCGCCUGAUAUCAAUGGAUCAAACUGGGGCGAUAGACGACGUAUACGAUCUCGUCUUCGAGCGUACAGACCCUGAAGAUCGUACAGUCAUGUGUGCAAUGCUGGCGCUACUGCGCGCUGCCUUUGAACCGCUGACGGUUGAUGAUCUGGACGAUCUCCUGAAGCACAGUAGAGUACGUGGAAGCGCCAAAGCAUUAGUAGAGAAUCUUGGCAGCGUACUCACCAAAGAUACGAAAACAAAUAUAAUCCAUUUUCGUCACCCUACCAUAGUGGAAUAUCUUCAACGCUGUUCCAUUGCCCCUCCCGCCAGGAACUGUAAUAAAAUCUAUCUCAACCUCGUCAAUGCGCAUGGUCAAGCCGCAUCAUGGUGUUUCAAGUGCCUCAAGUCGCGAGAAGAAGGUCUCAAGUUUAACAUAUGUCAAAUCGAGUCCUCUUUCUACCUGAAUCGGGAAAUACCAAACCUCGACACUAAAGUUUCAAGGUUCAUCUCAACAAAGCUUCGAUAUGCAAGCUCCCAUUGGUCAUUUCAUUUGGCGGAAACGGACGACAGCUGGCGAUACACCCUCGAGAAACAACUUCAACAUAUUAGUCGAAGUCCAUAUGUAUUAUACUGGAUAGAGGUCCUUAGUUUCACCGGCGCGCUGCUACGAGCGAUUGUCGGUCUUCGAGCUAUUACGCGCCACACAGGAAUUAAAGAGGAGAUUAGAAACCGUAUGAGUGACGUUCGACGGUUUAUGAUGGCAUUUUUAGUGCCAAUCCAAGAUAGUGCACCGCAUAUCUACAUUUCCGCGCUUCCCUUCACUCCUAUAACGUCGAAGUUGCGUUAUGAAAGCCUGGAGAAGUACACUAACACUCUCGGCGUUGUUCAAGGGCUUGAGAAGAUGUAUGUGGGGGUUCCCUAUUAUCUUACAGGCCACGAAUCCGCCGUUUUUUCUGUGGCCUUCUCUCCAGACGGCUCACGAAUCGUCUCUGGCUCGUACGAUACCACAAUUCGCCUUUGGGACUCAGACAGUGGCGAGCCAUUGGGGCAACCACUUCAAGGUCAUAGAGGCCCGGUCAAGGCCGUUGCAUUCUCGCCAGACGGCUCAAGGAUUGUCUCUGGCUCGACGGACUAUACGAUUCGACUUUGGGACGCAUAUACUGGUCAGCCAUUAGGGGAGCCACUCCGAGGUCACAAUGACUGGGUUCACUCCGUUGCGUUCUCGCCAGAAGGCUCACAAAUUGUCUCUGGCUCAGAGGACAAGACGGUUCGACUUUGGGACGCAGAGACGGGCGAGCCAUUGGGUAAGCCACUUCGAGGUCACGACGGGUGGGCCAUCGCCGUUGCAUUCUCGCCAAAUGGCUCACGGAUCGUCUCCGGCUCGGGGGACUAUACGAUUCGAUUCUGGGACGCAGGUACCGGUGAGGCAUUGGGAGAGCCACUCCGAGGCCACAGCGGGGCCGUCAAUGCAGUCGCCUUCUCCCCAGACGGAUCACAAGUUGCGUCUGGAUCAUCCGACCGGACGAUUCGACUUUGGAACGCAGACACCGGUGAGCAACUGGGAGGGCCACUCCGAGGUCACAGCGACUGGGUAUACGCUGUUGCAUUCUCACCAGACGGUUUAAAAAUUGCCUCUGCCUCGAAAGACAACCUGAUUCGCCUUUGGGACACUGAUGGUGGUGAGCCAUUAGGGGAGCCACUCCAAGGCCACACCUACAAUGUCUAUUCCGUUGCGUUCUCGCCAGACGGAUCAAAACUCGUCUCCGGCUCAGAGGACAUGACCAUUGGACUUUGGAGCCCAGAGACCGGUGAGCCAUUGGGAGAGCCAACCCAAGGGCACAGCCAGUUGAUCAAUACGGUAGCAUUCUCACCAGAUGGCACACGAAUCGUCUCUGGGUCGUCCGACUGUACCAUUCGACUUUGGGAAGCAGAGACUGGUGAGCCAUUAGGAGAGCCACUCUUAGGUCACAAAAAAUCGGUCGCAAUCACCAUAUUCUCACCAAAUGGCUCGCAAAUUGUCUCUGGCUCUUGGGAUCAUACGAUUCGAUUCUGGGACGCAGGUACCGGUGAGGCGUUGGGAGAGCCACUCCGAGGCCACAGCGGCUCGGUCAAUGCGGUCGCGUUUUCCCCAGACGGCUCACGAAUCGUCUCCGGUUCGGAAGACUGGGAUAUUCAAGUUUGGGAUGCACACACUGGUGUCCCUUUGGGACAACCACUCCGAGGUCAUGAAGAUGCGAUCACUGCUAUCACAUUCUCGCCAGAUGGUUCAAGAAUCGUCUCUGGGUCACGAGACAGAACGAUUCGACUCUGGAACGCAGAAAAUGGCGAGAAAUUGGAAUGGCCACUCUGGCUUCACACAUACUCGGUCAAGGCCGUUGCAUUCUCGCCAGAUGGCUCAAGGAUCGUCUCUAUAUCAUCCGACUGUACGAUCCGACUCUGGGAUACAGUCACCGGUGGGCGGUUGGGAGCACACCUUCGAGGUCAGAAUGACCGGGCUAUCUCCGUUGCACUCUCUCCAGAUGGCUCGCGAAUCGUUGCUGGCUCCUACGACUGUAACAUUAGAUUUUGGGAUGUUGAGACUGGGGAGUUACUGGGAGAGCCACUUCGAGGUCACAACGGCGCGGUCACGGCCGUCUCGUUCUCGCCGAACGGCUCACGAAUUCUCUCCUGUUCAUCUGACAAAACGAUCCGACUUUGGGAAGAAAAUUUUCAUCAGUUAUUUCGAAAAAAACUCCGGGGUCAUACCAAGUCGGUUAACGCUGUGGCCCUCUCGCCAGACGGCUCGCGAAUUGUCUCUGGGUCAUCCGACGCCACGAUUCGGAUUUGGGACUCGAAAACUGGCCAGCAAUUGGGAAAGUCACUCAAUCGCCACAGCGGCUCGGUCAACGCUGUGGCGUUUUCGCCAGACGGCUCACGAAUUGUCUCUGGGUCUAACGACUACACAAUUCGACUCUGGAACGCAGAGAGUGGUGAGUCAUUGGGAAAGCCGCUCCGAGGCCACAGCGGCUCAGUCAAGGCCGUCGCGUUCUCACCAGACGGCUCGCGAAUUAUCUCUGCCUCGUCUGACUGGUUGAUGCAACUUUGGAACGCACACACAGGCGAGCUAUUGGGAGAGCCACUCCGAGGUCACAGUAGGUGGGUUGAAGUUGUAGUAUCUCGUGCAGACAGCUCACGAACCGUGGCUGGGUCGUGGGAUAACACAACUCGGCCUUGGGACACUGUGACUGGUGAACCAUCAGAAGAGUCACCCCAAUGUCAUGGCUAUGGAGUCAACGCUGUUGCGUUCUCGCCAGACGGUUUAAGAAUUGUCUCUGGCUCCUACGACUGUACGAUUCGACUUUGGAACGCAGUCACUGGUGCGCCAUUGGGAGAGCCACUCUGGGGUCACACAGACACGGUCAAUGCCGUCGCAUUCUCGCCAGACGGCUCAAGGAUUGUCUCUGGCUCCGACGAUUCGACGAUUCGGCUUUGGGACGCAUACACCGGCGAACCGUUGGGGGAACCACUCCGAGGCCACAGCAGGUCUUCAUACCACAUGUCUCAACUCUGGGCAUCAGACAUUGAUGACGCAGUGGAAAAGUCACCCUACAGGGUCAAGGCUGUCGCGUUUUCACCAGACGGCGCAUGCAUAAUCUCCGGCUCAGAUGACGGGGUUCGACUUUGGGAUGCAGUUACAUGUCAGCUGUUGUGGGAGCCAAUCUGGGGGCACAGUGAUUCGGUAAACGCCGUCGGAUUCUUUCCAGAGGGUAUGCGCAUCGUCUCUGGUUCUUCUGACAACACAAUUCUACUACGCGAUGUAGGAGUUUUGCCGUCAAAUACAAACCCGACCAUUCCAAACUGGGAUAUAAGAGACUCUAGACAUUCAAAUACCAUGGAAAGUGCCCCGGGUACUGCGUUAGGACCCAUUGUUCCUGGAUUUCAGGACUGUACGCUUCUGCAGGAUGGCUGGGUGCAAUCCUCCGGGAAACGUCUGUUCUGGGUACCGCCAAACAAUCGGCAUGGACUAAUACAUCCAGAUCUCAUUCUGACUAUACCAACAACAAGUCCUUUCCGCGCCACCAAACUUGAUUUCAGCCGGUUUCAAUGCGGUCAUUCAUGGACAAACGUUCGAAAGGAUGCCAACGAGUGGUAG